AUGAAGGCUCUUAUUCUCGUCGGUGGUUUCGGAACUCGUCUUCGGCCUCUUACUCUCACUCUCCCGAAGCCUCUUGUUGAGUUCGGCAACAGGCCUAUGAUUCUUCACCAGGUCGAAGCUUUGGCCUCUGCUGGUGUAACCGAUAUUGUUCUGGCUGUCAACUACAGGCCAGAUGUCAUGAUUAGUGUACUGCAAAAGUACGAGGAGCAAUACAAUGUCAAGAUUACCUUCUCCAUCGAGACCGAGCCUCUGGGCACUGCCGGUCCAUUGAAGCUUGCUGAGAAGAUUCUCGGAAAGGAUGACAGCCCCUUCUUUGUUCUCAACUCGGAUGUCAUCUGCGAUUACCCUUUCCAAAACCUUGCCGACUUCCACAAGUCACAUGGUCAAGAGGGAACAAUCGUUGUGACUAAGGUCGAAGAGCCUUCUAAGUAUGGUGUGGUUGUCCACCAGCCUAACCACCCCUCACGUAUCGACCGCUUUGUAGAGAAGCCUGUCGAAUUCGUCGGUAACCGCAUCAAUGCCGGUAUCUACAUUCUCAACCCCUCUGUUCUCUCUCGCAUCGAGCUCCGUCCCACUUCUAUCGAACAGGAGACUUUCCCUGCAAUCUGCGCAGAUGGACAACUACAUUCUUUUGACCUUGAGGGUUUUUGGAUGGACGUUGGACAGCCGAAAGAUUUCCUCACUGGAACAUGUCUCUACCUGUCAUCUCUGGCUAAGAAGAAUUCUAAGCUACUUACACCAGCCUCCGAGUCGUACGUGCACGGUGGAAAUGUUCUGAUCGAUCCCAGCGCCAAAAUUGGAAAGAACUGCCGCAUCGGGCCAAACGUGACCAUCGGCCCCAACGUUGUUAUUGGCGAUGGUGUAAGAUUGCAGAGGUCAGUCCUUCUGCAAGGAAGCAGAAUUAAGGAUCAUGCAUGGGUCAAGAGUACCAUUGUGGGGUGGAAUAGCACUGUGGGGAAGUGGGCUCGUCUGGAGAAUGUGACUGUUUUAGGGGAUGAUGUGACUAUUGCCGAUGAGGUUUAUGUCAAUGGCGGAAGUGUUCUGCCACAUAAGACUAUCAAGGCGAACGUUGACGUUCCUUCCAUUAUCAUGUAA